AUGCCAUCUUGAAGAGAAAGUUAGUCGGAUUUGAUUGACGAAGAUAAAACAACAAAGUUUUAGUUGUAUUUAGCACCGAUCCCCGGAAUAGAGUUUUACGUGAAUUUGUAAUUCUCUCCACGAGUUCAAUGAACCUUGACACUGGAGUGACCUUUGCGAACCAGUGACCAGUGAAUAAACGACAUUGAUGUGAAAUACUGGAGUGAUUUAUUUCUGACGCUUGCGGACUGCGACCCCUCAAGUGAACUGUUCCAUUAUUGAUGAAAUUAAUUUGAAAUGACACGAUUUAUCAAUAAUCAUUCGCCACAGUAAAACUCUACCGGUGAGUACAACUCUAACUGGAGAAAACAAAUGUGGAAAUAAAGACCAUGGCAUCACAUAUAAGGGACCCUGGGUAUACUAGUAGCUAUGGAAGACCUAUCAAGUUAACAGAUAAAGCCCUGGAGAAUGAAUAUGAAGAGAAUAAGAAAAGGUAUGAGCAUGCAUAUAGACAACUCCACGGAAUUAUGCAGAACACAUAUGAUUUAAUAGCAAAUAAUGGUGAUUCCAAGGCCAUACAUGAAGGUUAUAAGGAAUGUUUAUUUCUAUGUGAAAGAUUUCUGCAGUGCGAACAUGAGUAUCGUGCUCUCCUACACGAAGACGAAUUUAGUAAACAUGAAUCAAUAUUUUUACAAAGACGAGAAUACAUUGAAUCAUUUAAGUCUGCCGUGCAGUCUUUCUUUGCCAAGGAACAAGAUAAGAAAGAUCGUCAUGCUGACGUUGACCAAUACGACAGUGUUUCUCAAACAAGCAGAGCUUCCAGAAAAUCAAAGAGCUCUAAGGCUAGUUCAUGUUCCACCCAUACAAAUAUUAGUAUGCUACGACUCCAAGAAGACCAGAAAAGAGCUGAGUACGCUGCUCGUACAGCCGCCCACCAGGAGCGAAUGCGCCUAGAAAGUGCCGCUCUUCAGAGAAGACGGCAAAUUGAUAAGGAAAAACGACGUCUAGAAUUGAUUAGAGAACAAUCCUUGUUAGAGAUUAAGGAAAUGCAAGAUGAUCUUGAGUUCGAGAUUAGAAAUAUGAAAGAAGAAAUCGAUCUCAAAGAAGUAAUUGCCGUUAGUGAAAAUAAGUCAAAGGUCCUAGAUCAGUAUGAGCAAGAUGGAAGUCAGAGUGGGACAAAAACGACAUACCAUGGUCUAUUAAAGGAACCUUCCUCUCAUGCUGAUGAAACUCGUUAUGCUAAUACAGGUGACUGUGACACAAGACCAACAGAAGGGAGACGUAAACGUUUUUCACCAGAUACUCCUGGAAUAUCAUCUCUUAACCCCACACCAUUACCGAGAUAUACAUGUUCCAGACAUAGACCACCUUCAGUGACAUUGCCAAACUAUGAGCACAUUUUGCAUCAACCGUUAGAAGAUAGCAAUAACCAUAUUGAUGAAUCACAGACAUCUCCACGUCAAACUGAUUCUGCAGGUGCGCUAAACCGAUUGGCUGAUAUAUUAUCUAGUCGACAGGAAGAGCUCCCAAGAAAGGAGCCGGAUGUUUUCAGCGGUAAUGUGUACGACUAUCCUGCCUGGAUUACUUCUUUUCAAACGCUUGUUGAACAGAGGAAGCCAUUAUCUGCUGACAGAUUAUAUUACCUUGGCAAAUAUACUACUGGUGAAGCCAAAGACGUUAUUAAAGGUCUACUGACGUUAAGUAGCGAAAAAGCUUAUAUCAAAGCAAAGAAAUUACUAGCUGAGCGCUAUGGAGAUAAAUUGAUUGUCGCCGACACAUACAAGAAACAAAUCAAUGACUGGCCACAGAUAAAAUCCAGCGAUGGCAAGGAAUUGAGAAAAUUCACAGACUUUCUACUUCAUUGUGAAACAGCCAUGACGACCAUUGGAUAUCUGAGGGUAUUGAAUGAUCCUGAUGAACAGAAGAAAGUUCUAAGGAAAAUCCCAAAGAGUAUUUCUGACCGAUGGAUGAGAAAGGUAGAUAGUGUGCUGAAUGAUGAGUCUCACAUGACACAUGGUGAUUCAUAUGAUCGUUACCCGCCAUUUGCUGAGUUGUGUCAGUUCCUAAGUAGAGAGGCUCGUAUCGCAUGUAGCCCAGCAAACUUGAAAGCUGAUGAUAAGAAAGAAGACUCAAAGCGUGGAAAAUGUAGUAAAUAUAGUGGUGCGAGAAGUUUUGCAACAGAGGCAGAUGAGAUUAAGAAGACUGCUGCUGUUGAAGAGCAACCCACAUCAACCAUCGACACAGCUAAAGUGAAACGAUGUUGUGUUCUAUGUAAGGGAGAACACAUCUUAGAGAAAUGUAAAGACUUUCUCAAAAUGAAAUAUACAGAAAGAAAAGCUGUUGUGAUGUCUAAAGGGCUUUGUAUGGGAUGUCUAAAAUGGGGGACAUAG